AUGAACGAAAAUACAUCAGACAAAAUCAUGGGUGCCGUUACAGCCGCUGGUAUUCCUUUCCAGCGGGAGGAUAUUAUUGUUUCUCAUCGUGUUGGGAAACGUGAUGCAAACCGAACACGCCCUAGACAGAUAAUCGCUAGACUAAGGUCUGUGGAUCUCAAAUUCCAUCUCGUUAAAAAUUCAAGAAAGUUUGCAGAAAUUGAGAAGACUGCUGGUAUUACCAUCAACGAGGAUCUGACGAAAUAUCGUGACAAGAUCAUGUUCUUGGGCAGACAACUUUGUCGAAACAGAAGAAUAAAAUCAGUGUCUUCCUCUAAUGGAAAAAUCAAAAUAUAUGAUCGGGACAAUGAAUCCCACUUCAUUCGAGAAGAGGCAGAUCUAGUACCCUUUGGACAUGUAAUGGCAAUUGAGUAA